AUGGAGGAGGAGCAAUUUGUGAGGCUUAAAAAGAUGAAAAAACAGGAGGAGCCUCCCAAUCUUAAUGUCAACAAGUUUGAGCACAUGGUUCUAGUGGAGUUGCUUAUGCAGGAUCAUUUGGAGCCUGAAAAAAAGAUUGGUUGUGGGAUCCAAGCUUUCCAACUCCGUUUUCGUCCAAUGUGGAAGACACAGUGCAUCUUCCUCAUUUGGGAUGAUGAGUUUGUUGAUGAUUUCAGUUUCUGGAAGUGCACGGAUAAUAUUCUUCCCCUGCCUGAGGACAUGAGAAUAAACUCUGAUGCCAGCCUAUCUUCAGGUGGUGGUAAGAGUCGCAAAAGGAAAGGUGGUGGUGUGAGAAUAGGUGAACACAACCAUGGAAGAGGUGGUAAAUCAAGAAACUGA